AUGGUGGACCUGUCCCAUCACAUCAAUACCAAGAGCAAGGCCCGCCAUCCCUCACCAUUGAAAGACAUCAUCAAAUUUAUGGCGUAUGAUGGCAUGGUGAGCUUCGCGGGAGGAUUACCUCAUCCAUCUCUCUUUCCGCUUGAACAAGCCAAGUUCGACUGUUUGUCCCCAGCAGCUCCACUUACAGCAGACCGACAUUCUGUCGACCAGGAGAAAGUAGAUGGACUGAGUUUGAAGUUCGGUCGUGGCUUGUCUACAGGAGAUCUGGAUUUAACUCAAUUCCUUCAAUAUGGUUCCGGGGCUGGCAAUCGACAGCUGAUAGCUCUCGCAAAGGAACUGACCGAGAGGGUACAUUCGCCUCCCUGCGAUUAUGAGUGCCUGCUUCACCCCGGUAAUACCAAUGCAUGGGCGAAGGUAGUGGGAUUGCUCUGCGAAGAUGACGACUUUGUCAUCGUGGAGGAGUUCACGUAUCCUUCAGCGCAGGCUCUCUGGAUCCCCAUGGGCAUCAAAGCUGUACCCGUUGCUGCUGAUGCGGCGGGAAUCAUGGCCAAAAAUCUCAGAACUCUUCUGUUGAAUUGGGAUGAGCGGGAAAGAGGGGCACGAAGACCUGGGGUACUCUAUCUUGUCUCUGUCGGAUCGAAUCCGACAGGAAUCACUAUCUCAACACAAAGACGAAGAGAAAUCUACGAGAUCUGCGUUGAGUUCGACAUUAUCAUUGUCGAAGAUGAUCCUUACUACUUCCUCCAAUACCCAGGCUACGGGGCUUGUAUUGAAUCAUCCUUCAUACCAAAACCCAUCCCAGAGUUCCUCAACACCCUCGUACCUACAUUUCUCUCCAUGGACACCCAAGGCAGAGUUAUCCGUCUCGACUCCUUCUCGAAGACCCUCUUCCCCGGUCUGCGUCUAGGGUACUUCGUCGCCAAUCCAGUCUUCACGGAACGUCUCCUGCGUGCAACCGAAGUCGAGACGCAGGACCCAGCUGGCCUCAGUCAAGCAUUUGUCCUCGGCCUCCUUCAGAAGUGGGGUGUCGAUGGCUACCUCACUUGGCUUCAAAACCUGCAAUUCCAGUACCGUACCAGACGGGACUGGCUUUUGGACGCAUUCACCGCCCACUUUGAUCUUUUGCCUGCAGAGAAGUCGCCCAUACCUGAAGCGCAGGGUCUUGUAGUGUGCGUCAAGAGUUCCCAUGAUGGCAAGGUGAGACCCGUGUUCAGCUUCGUUGAUCCCGGAGCUGGCAUGUUCGUCUGGUGUAAGUUCUACUUUGACGGCGUCGACCGCUUCAUGGAGAUUGAAGGUGCCGCAAAGAGCAAAGAUCCAGAGCAGGACUUUGCCAACGAGCUGUGGCAGGCGUGGGCGACGGAACUUGUGCUUCUUACUCCGGGAUCGUACUAUCACGCGUGGCAAGGGCCUGACAAGAUGACUACCGCGGCCCGAAGUGCUGAUCCGCGCACCGCGCAUUUCCGAUUUUCUUUUGCAACGCCGACGAAAGAAGAGAUCAGCUCUGGGGUAGCACGCCUUGCAAAGGUGAUAGCAAAAUAUUGGGUAUAG